CCAGUUCCAAGACGAGACCCUCGACGAGACCGUCACCGAGAGCUCCAAUCUCGACGACGACGCUCUCAUGUGCGAUCCCGACGAGAUCGGCGCCGACAAGACCAGCGCCGACUAUUACUUCGAUUCCUACUCUCACUUCGGUAUUCAUGAAGUAAGUUUGCUGCAUUUGGAUGUAAAGCCAUCCAGUGUUUCGUGGUGUUGCAAUUGCUCAUUUCAAAUUUUCGGUUCUCCUAAUCAAUUUGGGGGUUUCUUGUGCUGUGAUAUUAUCUCUUAGGGUCAUUAUAUUGGUGCUUCUUAUGCUUACGGUUUAGUUUGUAGGUUUCUUUUCCUAUGAUAUGUGGAUUGUAUGUACUGAUGAUGAGUCUUAAGGUUUUUUAUGAUAUUGGUUUAAAUUUUUCAUCGUCUGUGAUGUAAUCUUUCACUCUUUCAACAACAAAAUAUAGGCCUUCUUUUUGUGAUUUCUUAUAGCUUUCGUUUACUUUGGCCACUUUCUUAGUAGUAAUUAUCUUUUCCCUAACACUGAAUCUAGGUUGGUCUUAGACCGUUUGCCAUAUGACUUAUGCUGCUUUGCUCAAUAUCCAAUUAUUUAUUAUGAACACUUUGCAGGAAAUGUUGAAGGAUGCAGUGAGAACCAAGACUUACCAAAAUGUUAUUUAUAAGAAUACCUUCUUGUUCAAGGACAAAGUAGUCCUUGAUGUCGGUGCUGGAACUGGGAUUUUGUCGCUCUUUUGUGCAAAAGCAGGGGCAAAACAUGUGUAUGCUGUUGAAUGCUCCCAGAUGGCUGAUAUGGCAAAAGAGAUUGUUAAAGUAAACGGCUUUUCAAAUGUUAUCACAGUAUUGAAGGGAAAGAUUGAAGAAAUUGAGCUUCCGGUUGCUCAAGUAGAUAUCAUUGUCUCAGAGUGGAUGGGAUACUUUUUAUUAUUUGAGAAUAUGCUCAAUACAGUCCUCUAUGCUCGUGAUAAGUGGCUGGUUAACAGUGGAGUUGUUCUUCCAGAUAAAGCUUCUCUCUAUUUGACCGCUAUCGAGGAUGCCGAGUACAAAGAGGACAAGAUUGAAUUUUGGAAUAAUGUAUAUGGCUUCAACAUGAGUUGUAUCAAGAAGCAGUCCAUGAUGGAACCCCUUGUUGACACAGUUGACCAGAAUCAGAUUGUUACAAACUGCCAAUUGCUGAAGACGAUGGACAUCUCUAAGAUGGCUCCGGGAGAUGCUUCCUUCACAGCUCCUUUUAAGCUCGUGGCAGAACGCGAUGAUUACAUCCAUGCUCUUGUAGCAUAUUUUGACGUCACAUUUACAAAGUGUCAUAAAUUGACCGGUUUUUCUACAGGGCCAAAAUCACGGGCUACGCAUUGGAAGCAAACAGUGUUGUACCUUGAAGACGUGCUCACGAUAUGCGAAGGAGAGGCUUUGGUUGGGAGCAUGACAGUAACACAGAACAAGAAGAAUCCUCGCGAUGUUGAUAUAAUGAUAAAAUAUUCAUUGAACGGCCGGCGUUGCCUGAUCUCUAGAACACAAUAUUACAGAAUGCGCUGAUUUCGUUGUGUAUUUUUCCUUUGCCGGCACGCAGCAAUAUCUUGGAAGUGUCUUACGACAUCAGAAAUCAAGAGAAGAUGUUUCCAUUCAAAAGCAUCACAUCUCAUUGUUUCAUUCUAUGGAAUGAGGGUUGUUCUUCAAUUUGUAACAAUGCUUCAAGUUUUACCUGUAUUUUUCUUUUGUUCGAGUGCAGAGGGUGACAUUGAAAUGUAAGGCUGAACUAUUUAAGAAUUCAAAUCAUCAUUUGCUCAAUGGAUGUUCAUUUGUUUUU